UUAAAAUAAUCAACCUAAAAGAAAGACUCCAAAAUCCUUCCAUCAAGCUACAAAAUCAACAACCGGCCUGCAUUUCCAAUGGGGUCAAGCACCUGGUUAGUCCUCUCAAUCUUCCUAUGCCAACAAUCUUUGGCUUUCCAAACUGGUCAGGAACUGGGUCUUCAGUUUCUGACUCAUGAGCUGCUAGCAGCAGCAAGAGAAGCAGACUUCUUUGAAUGGGUGAGAGGAAUCAGAAGGAGAAUUCACGAGUAUCCAGAGCUAGGGUUUGAAGAGUACAGAACAAGUGAGAUCAUCAGGUCUGAGCUUGAAUUGCUUGGAAUCGACUACAAAUGGCCUGUUGCCAAGACUGGAGUGGUAGCUACCAUUGGUUCUGGUCACAAGCCAGUUUUUGGUCUCAGAGCUGACAUGGAUGCCCUUCCUAUACAGGAAGAGGUAGAUUGGGAGCACAAGAGCAAGAUUGAUGGGAAGAUGCAUGCCUGCGGUCAUGAUUCUCAUGUAGCAAUGCUGCUUGGAGCAGCCAAGUUACUUCAAGCCAAGAGAGACACACUGAAGGGAACUGUAAAGCUUGUUUUCCAGCCUGGAGAAGAAGGUUACUGUGGUGCUUACCAUAUGUUACAAGAUGGCUGUCUUGAUGAUAUUGAUGCCAUCUUAAGCAUACAUGUUAUCCCAUCAGUACCAACUGGCGCCAUUGCUUCAAGACCCGGUCCAUUGCUUGCUGGUACGGGGCUUUUUGAAGCUAAAAUCCAUGGAAGAGGCGCACACGCUUCAUCCCCACAUUUGGCUAGGGACCCGAUUCUUGUGGCUUCAUCCACUAUCGUUGCACUCCAACAGAUUGUGUCUCGAGAGACAGAUCCUCUUGAAGCUGCGGUGGUGACAGUUGGGUACAUAGAGGGAGGCAAAGCUGGAAACGUAAUUCCAGAAUUUGUGAAAUUUAGUGGAACCUUCAGGAGUUUGAGCAACGAAGGUGUCUCCUACCUGCAAAAAAGAAUUAAAGAGAUUAUAGAGACCCUCGCAGCAGCGCAUCAAUGCAAUGCUACAGUGAACUUUAUGGAGGACAGACAUCUGCCACAGCCCGUGAUGAUUAAUGAUGAAGCACUGUAUAAGCAUGCAAAGAAUGUUGGAGAGGCCUUACUCGGAGAACCCAAUGUUCAGCUAUUCCCAGUAACCAUGGGUGGGGAGGAUUUCAGCUUCUUCUCCCAAAGGAUGCCUGCUGCAAUCUUUGUAAUUGGGACAAUGAACGAGACUCUAAAAUCAUAUAAGCCACUGCACUCACCUUACUUUUUUAUUGAUGAGGAGGCUCUUCCAAUCGGCACAGCUCUGAAUGCUGCUGUUGCAAUCUCAUACUUGGAUACACAUGUUAUGAAGACAUGUGAGGAACCUCCUUCAGCUUUCCCUAUCUGAAAAGCAAGAAUAGCAUGCAAGCUUUCAGAAAAUAAAAUCAGCCGAAGUACAGUUGACAAGAUGCAAAAAUGAAGAUGCUGAUGCAGUGUUUUAGUAAUUGCAUAAUGAAUAUACUGUAGCAAUUCUAUACAAUUGAUGAUAUGCAAUGCAACUACACUUCAAGAAUCUUUAAUGGUGAAGAAUAUUAUUUUCAUUACCCA